CCCGCGUUAGAGCCCAACUUCUUCCAAACUGUCCCGGGACUCUGAGCUGCGCUGCUCCCACUCCCCUCAGCUUCCUAAGGAUUUUGUUUCUCAGGGAUGGCCGCAUCUAUUCUGGAGGUAGGGAAUGUAAUUGAAGACGCACGCUAUGGCUCCAGUCCUCUGGCUAUGUUAACAGCUACCUGCAACAAGUUUGGCAGCACCAGCCCUGUCAGGGAUUCAGCUACACCCGGUAAGACUGCCAGCACCUCUCCAGUAAAGAAGCCCUACAACAUGACCUCUGACCUUCAGACAGCCAAGAACGGGCGGACCACAGACAGCAGUGGCCUGGCAGACUCCUACACUGGCUCCUUCACUUCAGCUGGAGGAGGAGGAGGUGGCGGGCUGCUUACACCCACUGGAAGUCCCCCUCCUUCAGCCGGAGGCUACACUACAGAAUAUAACCCUUUCUCUCACUCCUUCCAGACUUCGGUCUCACAGGACCCGUCUCUUUUAGUGUCCAAGGCCCAUGCUACAGCCGAUUGUCUCACCAGUGUGUAUACUUCGCUGGAUAUGACACACCCCUAUGGCUCGUGGUAUAAGGCUGGUAUCCACCCUGGCAUAACUGCUGCUCCAGCUAAUGCUACAUCUUCCUGGUGGGAUGUCCAUCCCAACUCCAACUGGCUGUCAGCAACCCAGCCCCAAGCAGAUGGAGGUCUGCAGUCCUCCCUGCAGCCUGUGGCACCACAGGCAUCCCUUAGCCCACAGCUGCCCAGUUACAGCACCGAUUUUACACCACUUAACCCAGCUCCUUACCCCUCCGUGGGACUGGGCUCCUCCUCACAUCUCCUCCAACCUUCCCAGCACAUGCUGCCCCAGGACAUGUACAAGCCCAAACCUGUGCCAAGUGCAGGGCUAAUUGAGAAUCCCAUGGGGCUAAAGCCUGCUAGGGGAUCAGGGGGCUACAGCGGAGGGGCUACACCCACCCGGUCUUCAUGCGACUGCCCCAACUGCCAGGAGCUGGAGAGGCUGGGAGCCUCUGCUGCAUCCCUGAGGAAGAAACCAGUGCACAGCUGCCACAUCCCGGGCUGUGGGAAAGUCUACGGCAAGGCCUCCCACCUGAAAGCCCACCUGCGCUGGCACACCGGCGAACGGCCCUUUGUUUGCAACUGGCUGUUCUGCGGGAAACGUUUCACCCGCUCUGAUGAACUGGAGAGGCAUGUGCGCACCCACACACGGGAGAAGAAGUUCACCUGUCUACUGUGCAACAAGCGUUUCACACGCAGCGACCACCUCUCAAAGCAUCAGAAGACCCACGCAGAUUCUGCAAUGCAGGGCAAAGCUGUAGCUGUGGAGGGAGACGCAGAUUCUCGGAGCGAAGAGACCACAGAGCUCAACUCCAGCGCUGUACCUACCAAUCCUGUCGCUGACCAAAUCACCAACGGAGAUGAGAAGACUGGCACGCCUAACGGGGUGGAGAACAGCAGUGGAUUGUUGGAGAUCUGACUUGAUGAAGUCUUGAAAUUUUAGAGGUGUUUUCUUUUCUUCUUUUUGUUUUUUUUAAAUAGGAAAAAAACUCACCUUACAAACACAAAACUGUAUUUUAUUUCAAGACAUACAAAGGAGACAGUGUUUGAAAAGACUUGAUAUGAUACAGGACUGAUAAAGGUUGAAAUCACUUCUGGACCACACACACACACACAAGCAUAAAUAUGACCAAGCCUGCAAACAUAUAGCGAUCCUCAAAUGUAUGCAGACACACAUGCACAAAUAUGAGCGACCGAGACAUAAAUGAACACAAUAUGCACAUGUGAACAGGAAUAACUAUGAGCAAAUGUGCAAACAUCCAUAAUGCAUGCAUGCAGGGGGAUACACAAAAGUACGUCUGCUCGGAAACACAUACAAGUAAACAUGCUCGUGCACAAAUUUUGUAGCCUACACACAUUUUCUGCCUUUCAAAUGAGACAAACCACUGGGGAAAUUUAAUCUGCAAAAGCAGAAGGAAAAGAGCUCUGAAGCCGCAAAAGGAAAGUAGUUUUAAAACGAGACUUAUGGUCAGGAUGAUGGAGUCGAUGAAGCAUUGCAUGCCUAGAGAAAAAUCUGAUUUACAGCUGUACUUUGAUACUUAUUCAUUAUUCUUGAAACAAUCAAUGGACAAUCUACACUUACAGCUUUUUGUUGCCAAAGACAUUCUGUUGUACAAGGUAUUGCAUUUCACCUUUGUUUGCUGUUUGCUUCUUACCAUGUCUAAUUUAAUUUCAUAUUUACUUUAAUAAUCUAAUUUAUGUCUUAAAUUAUACACAUGAAAGAUUAUCUUGCACCUGCAGGAAAUACCUGAAGAAAAAAAAGAAUGCAAGAUGGUUGAAGCCGGCCAAAAAGAAAAUGAAAUACAUUAAAUUAAGACUGUUUUUUCUUAUUUAUUAGCUAUAAGGAAGAGUUUGGGGGUUGUUUUAAAAGUUUUAUUUAUAAACCUUGAAGUUAAAUGUGCGUGUAAACUAAUUCUUAUAUAAUCUUUUAAUUGUGAAGUCUUCCAUACCUGGCAAAAUAAUGAUCAAUAAGGGCUUUCUUCCUUGUUUGUGCAUACUAUAUAUUGACAACAGUAUAUAGAUAUGUAUAUAGGUGUGUUAUUUUUUUAUGCAUUUUCUAUGUUUUGUAUAACUUUCCACAAGAAAUGAUGUCUAGAACGCUUUGGUUACAACAACAAAGAACGUAAAGUAAAAGCUUAAUUUUUUUUGAUUAUUAAUUUUGUUAUUUAGGCAGAACUGAAGUCCUGGUGUUUGCUGACUUGUUGUGAAAUGAGUGUAAAAGAUACUGUAAAUAGCGAUGAAGCAUGGUACACAUGUUGUAAGGUUUAUGGUGUGGAAUAAUGACAAUUUUGGUGCUUUUAAGAGUAAAAAAAAAUUUGAAAGAGAAUUUUUUUGUGUUGUUCCUACACAAAAUCCUUCAGAGAGGAAGCUUUAACAUGAAGACGGAAAUAAUGAGAAGCAAUUCUUCCAUGAGCCUUCACUUUAUCAUUUUUAUCACACUUUAUCCCCUUCUCUCGCCUCACUUCACAUCAUUCUUUUCAUAUCUUACUGUAUUUCCACCUCAGCCUGGCUAACCAAAUACUUUCAUUAUCUUUUGCAGCACAAACAAAGCUGUUCACUGAAUUGGAGUCUUAACUCCACACAAUGACCCCCUUUCAGAGAUCCACUGUAGUUACACUCAAGACAAUUACUCCACUCUCCAGCUCGAGAGGGGUAAUUACUGAGAGCGAUGCUCCAGGAGAGUCAGGAGAGAGGAGAAGAGGGGAUUAGGACAGGGGAGCUGUGGUUGUAUUGUUUAUCCAGGGAGGCGGUCAAACAAAGAACCCCAAUUAAGGAAGGAUGCGGGACGAAAGACACGAUGUGGAGAUACAGACGCUGAGAAGAGGCCGAGCCGAUCACCAAGCAUCUUUUAAAACGCCUCUCUUUUUCUCUGCCACUUUUCCUGGGUUUGAGGAAGAGUUAAAGUCCCAACAAGUGGCACUUGUUUGUCCUUCUCACCACUUUCUUGUCAGGUUACUCAGGCUUUUCCAGACUAAUAAAAAUACUUUAGGAGGGCGGAUUUCCCGCUGUGUUUUAAAAGAGAGAUAGCCUCAGGAUAGACCAAAUGAGGCCCCAGAUAUGUGCACCAGUAGCAGUGCCAGACAACAAUGAUUUAAGGAGCUAAUCUUUGUCAUAAUUAAGCAUAUUUCCAACAAGAUAUAGCAAGGCAGGCAAGCACACAUGACAAAUGUAGAGAUAUGGUCAAGUUUCAUGGAAAAUCUCAAUUCGUAAACAAUUACAAUACAUUAAACUAGAACAGGAAACAAAACACUGGCUUCAUAAAAGCAAAGACUUUCAUGACAGAAGUGAAGAGGAGACCUGCACUGUUUGAACCCCCCUGAAUCUACUGACUCUACUAUUGUAACAUUUACACUUCCCAGGCUGCAUGGUUCCAAUUUAGGGCUUCUAAUGAGCUGUAGUUGAGGUCAAUUUAUAUAAAACGUCCCGGGGCCGACUCUGUCAUCAAGGGCCGACAUGUUUAUGGUGGUCUGAAGUGGGCACACGGUCGAGUCCACAACAUAAAAGGCAAACAUGGGGAAUGAGGUAUGGGUAGGGUGU